AUGGGGUUGGCGGGCCCCAAGAACAAAACCAAGAUCUCACAUGAUCCGAAUAAUACCAAAUGGGCCCGCUCCACGUCCGGCUUCGGGCACCGAAUUAUGAGCGCCCAGGGCUGGACCCCAGGCAAUCGCCUGGGAGCCAAAGAUGCUGCGCAGGCCGAUCUCUUGACCUCUGCGAGUGUCUCCCAUAUCAAGGUCACUAUCAAGGACGAUAAUCUCGGAUUGGGUGCCCGUCUCGGGCGAGAGGGCCAACCCACAGGCUUGGAUGCUUUUAAAGGUUUGCUGGGUCGACUGAACGGCAAGAGUGAUGAGGAACUUCACCGUGAGCAGCGGAAGAGAGACGAUGUUCAGUUGGCUCGUUACGUUUCCCUCAAGUUCCAGGAGGUGCGCUUCGUUCGGGGCGGGCUUCUCACCCAGGAGAAGCUCCAGCGCUUGCCAAACUCGACACCCAAGGAAGACCAGGCAAACAAGAAAUCCGAAACUGCAGCCAGCGAUAACGACUCUGCCGAAAACACCGAGUCUGCGACCGAUAAAUCAUCCAAGUCCAAGUCCAAGUCCAAAUCCUCGAAGAAGUCAUCGAAGAAGUCCCGUUCCCAAUCAGACGAGGCCGAUGGCUCGUCAUCAGCCUCUGAUAAGAAGAAGAAGAAGAAAUCCAAGAAGAGAAAGGCGGACGAGGACGACGAUGAGUCCGAGACUACGGCCAAACGACGGGCCGCAAGCCCUGAUGGCAAGCCCUCAGGCGAGUCUCUACCUCCGGUGCCUACAGUUCAGGCUCCUGUGCUAGGGGAACGCCGGCCUAUCGGCAGACAGGUGUUCCGCAGUCGACAUAUUGCACAGAAGAAGAGGGCUCUUAUGGACGACAAAUUGCUCAAUGAGAUCUUCAUGGUUAAGGCAUAG